AUGGCGUCGCAACUAUCGACGCCGUCAUCGUCGCCUCCCGGCUCGCCGAAGGUGUCGCGUCUGACGCUGACUCCGAUCCACACCUCGUCGCCUCACCCGAGGCAUCGCGCACCGCGACCCUCUUUUGGAUCAGCCACCACAUCAAGGCAUAGUAGGCCGAUGCUUUCCCGCGACGAUGCACUCACGAGCGCGUCCGAGACUCACAACGAAGCGGCCGACGAUGGAGGGAUCGACUCUGACUCGCAAUCGCACCACGACGACGACGACGAUGAUGACGAUGACGAUGACAUCUCGGCGACAGACACGGCCUACGAGGACAGUGAUGCAAAUCAAGAUCACGUACUGGGGUUCCAACUGCGACGAGGCGCGGCUCUGCUCGAGAGAACGGCCGAGGCUCAUCACUCGGCCUUCGCCACUUCCUCGGCCUCGCUGCUCCAAUCCGAACUCGACCCGGGCAUGUCGGCCCUGCCCGCAGCAGCUUCGGCAGCACUCAACCACCCUUCGUCCGAUUCGACCGGCCGACGCAAGAGGAGAACGGCGCCGUCCCAUUUCAUCGCAGCCGGAGAAGGGGGGCGAGGAGAGCAUGUCCUCAUCGAGCGCAAAGCGCCGACCUCGCACCACGCCGGACAGGGGAGCUUGUGGGGGAACGCUCUGCUCGACUCGCUCGACUCGGCUGCCGCCAGUGCAAAGAGGAGGGCCACCUCACCCGUCAUGUCGAAUCGAUCGGGUCGUCCUACCCCACUGUCGAAACCGGGUCGCAAGUCGUCGCGUGCACCAGCCGAUAUCGACUCGGGCGAGUCGACGCCCCCUCUGACGCUCGACUCGAUUCACUCGACCUACAACCCCUUUGCGAUGUACCAAAUACGGACCGCACUCAUACCCGAAGUCAUUCUUCUUGUUGUCGCGCUACUCUUCGCGGUGUAUCGACUGUAUUCGGCAACCCCCACGACCGCGACCCCUCACGUGCCUCGAUUGCCCCUGGUCUCGCUGCUCGGCAUCGCCGCCGCGGUCCCCUUUUUCGCCCUUUUCCGCCGCGCAUCGAGCUACUACAAGGUGGCGUUCACUGACGAACGAGGCUACCGGGAUCUUCAAGCCGCCGACGACGGAGUGACCGCCGGUCUCGUGCUGCCGAUACUGCUCGGCUGCGCAUGCUUUUGGGACACCUAUUCGAAUGCGAACAAGGAUCCCACGAAAAUGGCGCUGGGUGGGAUCAGCCCCUUGGUUGAGAUUUGGGAAGCGAGUGGGAUCAAGGCCAAACACAACCAUGUUGUCGACUUCAAGCCAAGUACAUUGUCCAACUUUGCGCUCACGACGAGCACUCUGUUGAAAGCUCGCCACGACUUGGUCAUCUUCACGAUGAUCAACGCCGCGGUCCUCGUUCUUCACCUUUUCCUUUCUAUGACGGUGCUGCACGUCGAUCGACUGCCAUUGGGAAACGCAAAGCGAUUUUUCGGGUCUGUGUCACUGGCCACUUUGAUCAGCGUCACGCUGUACUCGACUCUCGGGACAUGGCAAUGGGCCAGCAAAGGUAGGCCGCGCAGGUUGCGAAUCACUCGGCUGAGAGUCCUCGUGCUGAUUGAUUGAACUUGCGGGGACCUACAGAUGGUCUCUCUAUUUCCCCACUCGAGGUUGCCGCGACAACCUUCAUCCAGCAGACAUCGUGGUAUCUCGUGUCUCGAUUGGCUCGACGUGGGUUCACCUUGGGCGAAUUGCACCUCAUGACGACGGCGGGGAAUGCGCUUAGUUUGGAGUUUUGGAGGCUCACGCGUGCCAGGGUGAGUAGUUGGCGCUUCCGCUUGAUCGACAUCCUAGAUUGGCUCAUUGUUACGUCUAUCAUUCCAGUGGUAUUACAAACGAGGCUGGCCGAUGGUUCCACCCACGUUCCGCUCGCCAACACCCAUCGUCGCGUUCCAGGCCGUUCUCAUUCCUGGCGCUUUCCUGUCCGGCUUCCUGCUAUCGCCUUUGCUCGUCAUCAGUCGACAUAUCGCCUCAAAGCCGAGCCAUCGAUUACGCGUGAGUUGCCCUCUCGUACGCUUUGGCUGGCCUGGGCUGAUGUUUUGCUUCUCGGAACGUUCUCUUAGUGGCCUGCCGAGCGAGAACGACACCGCAGACUGCUCGCCGCCGGGGUCUUCCUCGGCCUGCUCGGAAUCGUUUUCUGCAUGCUUGGGGGAUGGACAGCUUGGAUUCUAGGAGGGAACCUCAUGAGGCCGUGGACAUGGGCGCUGCGCUACGUCCUGUACGGCGGCGAUGGUGUACGAGUUCGGAUACCCGGAGCGAUGAGGGCGACUCGAUGGCGUCGCAUCGGACUGGUCGCGUAUUGGGGUGCAACGAUCAUCAUCGCCGUUGGAGGAUGGCAAACCCGACUUGUACGCUCGCGUCGGAUUCGGAUGCGGGGGAAUGCAGUCCCGACCACCGCCAUCUCGGACAAGAAGAAAGUCGCUCUAACGGCCGAAAGGGAUGGAUCCGAAGUCAAGGUCGGGGUUGAAUCGGCUCGAGAGGAGAAGCGCGUUCAUGCGAGUCUUAAUAUGCGACGCAAGUUUUUUCAUGCUUUGGCGGUGCUCAUGUUGAUUCCUGGGAUUGCGAUCGAUGUGAGUCUGCCCACUUAUCAGCGUCAUCACGGUGGCGUUUCUAAUCACCGCUUUCUACCCCUCCCUUAGCCCGGCUUUACCUCCCUCGCCUUCUCCGUCGCUUUCGCGCUCUUCACCUUCUGCGAGUACGCGCGUUUCUUCGCCGUCUACCCCAUCGGUGCACCCCUACACAUUUUCUUCUCCGAAUUCGUCGACUCCAAGGACAGCGGACCCGUCAUCCUCAGUCAUUUCUACCUAUUGACGGGUUGCGCAGGUGGAGUAUGGUUAGAGGGGCAUGGGAUCAAUCGAUAUACGGGUGUAUUGAUCCUUGGCAUUGGGGAUGCGAUGGCGUCAAUUGUGGGGAAGGUUAUAGGGAGGGCCAGGUGGCCUGGGAUGGGAGGUAAGACUGUCGAAGGGACGGUCGCGUUUGUCGUUUCGGUCAUCUUUAGUGCUUGGAUGCUGCGCCUCUUUGGGUUGGUGGAGGGGUUUGAUGUGAGUUCGGCCGUUGGGCUUGCUUCGAUGGGGGAGACGGACCGCUGACUCGUUCCCAUCGUUCAUCAGCUCGGUCGUUACUCCGUCGCCAUCCUCCUCACAGGCUUGUUGGAAGCCCACUCGAACCAAAAUGACAACCUCAUGACCCCCAUCUACGCCUGGUCCAUGAUCGCCCUCAUCGAUGUUUGA